GUCAUCUGGUGGGGUGCAGAGAGGCAAGGCCCUGCAGCACUUUCAUUUCUUCUCAGCUGUACCUAACCUUCUGCAUCUGCCAAGAUGAAUAAUGGUAUGUUUGUAAAGAACAUGUCCUUCAAGGUUGGACAAACCAUGACUGUUGUUGGAGUCGCCAAACCUGAGGCUGGAGAUUUUGCUGUGAAUAUCGGCCCCAGCGAGGACACAAUUGCAUUUCAUCUCAACCCUCGUUUCGAUGCCCAUGGAGACUCAAAUAUAAUUGUCUGCAACUCUUUCGAGGGAGGCAAUUGGUGUCAGGAGCAACGCGAGCAAAGUUUUCCUUUCUCCCUGGGACAGGAGUUCAAGAUCUCCGUUGAAUUCACUCCUUCAGAGUUUGUGGUGACUUUACAAGAUGGCUCAACAUUCCGUUUCCCCAACCGCGUCGGUGCAGAGAAAUACUCGGCCAUAAACUUUGAUGGGGAUGUUCGCAUUCGAAGCAUUGACAUCCAGUAAAGCGCCAUCGUUUCUCAUAUCUGGAUGUGAAAAAUGUUCUUUUUUUUUUGUUUGUCUAGCAGCAGGUAAUAUAAAGUCCUAGGUCUUCAGCUUCCUGAAAACUUGUUAACCUUUAAUCUAAUUAUAGACUUUCAUAGCUUACAGGAUAUGAGUUUGUUGAGAAAGAGGUCCAAACAGCUAUGGUCAUAAAAAAGGAGCCUUAAAAAUUUGAAUCUUUAGCUCUAAACCUGAACACCCUUUUCUGGAACUCUACCAGAAAAGCAGUUAAAGAAAGUUAUUUUUCUGUUUGCAGUUUUUUGCUUGCAGGAUUCAUAUACAGUACAGUGUGGUCAGGUUUCUUUAAUGUGUCUCAAAAUGCUCCAAAAGACAUUCCACUUUUUAAUUCUUACCUGCAACAACAUCAAUUAAAGGAUUUUCUUUUAUGAAAAAAAAAAA